AUGCAGCGAUUCGAAUCGCUGUGUGACAAGGGACAACUCAGUCUCACAGACAUCGCGCUCCGUGCCAUGGCCGAGCUCUUUCCAGGUGCUGCUGGCACAGUCCCGGAACUCGACGGCCAGGAUGGUGCACGGCUUCUCUGGCAACGGCUGAAGACGGAGCUUCAAGAAGAUGAGAGUGACUUCAAGCAUCGCAUCUGUGCUCUUGACCACUUGGUGAAAAUCAGCGAUAGACUUGGGGUUCUAAGUGGAGGACCUGCAGAAGACUACAUCCCGUUUUCGGCUGUGAGCAGCUGUUGCCCAUGGCACGGAUGCAAGUUUGCAGCAAGUGCGGUGCUGCAUUUGCUCUCCGACCUCGAUGCUGAAUCGAAAAGAAAGGCCAUUACGCCAAUCGCCAGAUCUUUGGGAGGGUGUACCAUCCCCCCCAAUGAUAUCCUUUCUGCAACUCGAUGGCCCUACAAGCUCAGCGAGGACUUUGCGAACGCAAAGCUUGCUGUUGAGAAGGGCACAUGCACAGCGCUGCAUAUUAACGUGAACGACGUGGAAAUCAUGAGGAAUCCUGGAGACCGCCCUGGUACGUUUGCCCACUCUUGCGUCAUGACGGUUUCUCCAUUAGGAGUGCAUCUCUUUCAAUCCUACGGUCCCAGGGGAUACACACUUCGGCAGAACAUAGAGGAGCAUGAUGACAAGUAUCCGCUCUCUCUUGAUGAAGGUGUAGCCUGGGUGCAGCGGUUUGAGGUGUUCGCAGCGGACCUUGGCGGCAUGUGGUCAUCUAAGACCAACUCUGCUUAUAGGGACUGCUUUGGGGUGGACUUGAUCGAGCUUGGCAACAUGCGUGAAGGUAGCCAGAUGGAUCUAUAUGUCGAUGUCAAGAGCUUUCCCUUUACGGCUGGAGGGGUCCAGGCGAAUUUCGCCCUCUUGCCCCAGCCUUCCAGAAGCAAGAUUCCUUGCCCGGACGGAAAGGAUGCCAAGUCUGGUGCCUCGGCCAUGGGCAGGUUUAGACCUGAUGGCGGAGUUCCGCAUUACUAUGUUCCAACUGUACUUCGAUGUGCUUUCUGUGGAACAGCUCCCCGCAAGGGAUGCGAUUUCCAGAAAUGCAGCAGGUGCAAGGUUGUGCGAUACUGCGGCGAGCCGUGCCAGGUGAACGAUUGGAAGGCGCGCCACAAGAAGGUCUGCAAGUCCCUUGCAAGCAUUUGA